CCGGCGAGGGGCGGAGCUUGUUGGUCCCGUUCACAGAAAGUGCCACGACUCUGCAGCAGCCUGACAGACUCCGCUGAGACUUCCUGUGGGACACCCUGAUCAGUCAUGGACGUGUCCGACCCCCAGACGCUGGGCUUCAUGGUCUUUGGAGGCUUCAUGAUCAUCUCGGCGGUGGGCAUCGCCCUGGUCUCCACACUCUCCAUGAAGGAGACGUCCUACGAGGAGGCGCUCGCCAAACAGCGACGCCAUCACGUCAGAAACCAGAACACGAGAGCAGACAAGAAGAAGAAGGACAAGAACCAGGAGAAGAAGAACAAAGGGAAGAAGAAGGAGGAGCAACCUGAAGUGAAGCUCCCUGAACCCGGUGGUGACGUCAGUGAGGAGCCUGAGGUGGUCUCCUGUACCGAACCAGAGUCUGACACAGAGCCUGCUGCUGAGCCUGAGGCUGCACCUGAACCUGAACCAACACCUGAACCUGAACCCACUGAGGUAACCACCCCCACCAUUACAGAGUCUCCUCCAGCCCCCUCCCCGAAGGAGAAGAAGAAGAAGAAGUCUGUGAAGGCGGAGCCAGCCGCUGUUGUGGAAACUGUUGCUAAGGAGGUUCUGGUGAUGGCAAUGGCGCCCGUGGUGGAAGUUUCCCCGGUAAAUAUCGCAGAGGUCACCAAAGAACCGCCUGCUGCCAAACCCGAAGAACCCAAAGAGAACAAGAAGAAGAAGAACAAGAACAAACCUGAGUCAGUGACAGACUCUGCAGACUGCUCCGUGCCAUCCAGCGAGCUGCUGUCCGCCGUGUCCAAAGGGACACUCAGUGAGGACGAGAUGAACAAACUCAUGGAGGUCCUAAACCAGAAGGCCGGCGUACGCCAAGAAUCCUGGCAGCUGGCCUGUCAGAAAGGAGACCCUCUGUCCACUCUGAAGAAACAGCUGGAGGAGAAAGAAAAGCUGCUGACCGCUGGGCAGGAGGACGCCGCCACCGCCAAGACCCGCCUCCGAGAGCUCAGCAAGCAACUUGGUGCAGAGAAAUCCAAGAUGGCGUCUUUGGAGGCGCGUCUGAAGGCGGAGCUUAGUGCUCAGGUUCUAGAGGUCGACGCUCUGAGGACCAGGAUGGAGACCACUGACCAGGAACACCUGAAACAUACCGAGCAGCUCAACCAGAAGAUCGGGAGUCUGCAGGAACAGCUGGAGAACGGUCCCAACGCUCAGCUGGCCCGACUGCAGCAGGAGAACUCCAUCCUCCGAGACGCCCUGAACCAGGCAACCAGCCAGGCCGAGAGCAGGCAGAAUGCAGAGCUCGCUCAUCUCAGACAGGACUGUGUCCGCCUGGGCCGCGAGCUGACCGAGCGCUCCAAUACCCAGCGAGCUGAUGAGGAGCUCAGGAAGAACCUGGAGGCCAAGAUGGCCGCCGCCGAGCAGGAACUGUCCAAAAUUCAGAUGGUCCAUGUAGACGCUGAGCGCGCUCUGCAGCAACAACUGGAGGAAGUUUGUUCCCAGCUGAAAGUUUCACAGCAGGAAGCUGCUGCUGUUAGCGAGCUGCAGGGGGCGCUGGCGUCCAAAGAGACUGAACUGCAGGAGCUCAAGGUCCAGCUGGAGAACAAGGCUGCAGUCCAGGUGGACGAGUCGUCUGAAGUGGAGACGCUGAAGCUCAGUGUGCAGCUCAAAGACGAAAAGAUGGUCACCCUGCAGGCAGAGCUUACUCAGCUGAGGGAGGAGCUACAGCUGCUGUCAUCAUCGCAGUCAGAGAGAGUGACGGAGGACGAAGCUGCAGAUCAGACGCAGAGAGAGGGAUCAGGAAGUGAGACGGAGUCUGAUCAGACGUUUGAAAAUCUAGAGGAAGAAUCUCAGAUGCUUCGACUGGAGGAGGAGCUGCAGCAGGCUCGGAACCACGGCAACGAGCUGGAGGAGAAGAUGGCGGCCUCAGCGACGGCGUUUUCAGAGGCCGAGCGUCUACAGGAGCAGAGGGAGGCGGAGUUUAAAGCGGAGCUGGCUGAGGCUGAGUCUAGGUUUACGGCCCUGCGUUUGGACUUCCAGGCGUCACUGCAGGCUCUGUUUCCUGGCGUCUCCAUGGAGACGGAGCAGAAUAAUUGGCUGGAACUUUUCACACAGAACAUUCAGGAGAGUCAAAGUGGAGCGGAGAGGUCUCACUUUGAGUUGCAGUCGAGGAUGGACGAGGCGGAGAGGAAAGAGGCGGAGCUUGAUCAGAAGACGAAGCUGCUGCAGGAGACGGAGGCGGAGCUUCAGGCCCUGCAGCGCCGCUCAGAAGAAGAAGAGAGCGCAUGGAGGAACAAAGUGUCCGAGCUGGAGCUGCAGAAGCAGCUGCUGCAGGAGGACUUUCAGACGAAGAGCACGGAGACGGAGGACACGCAGCAGCUGAAGGAGCAGCUGAUGCUGUUGGAGGCUCAGCUGGAGAAACAGCUGGUGGAGGCGAGCGUCACUCAGAGCUGCAGCGAGGAGCUCGCUCAGAUGCAGUCUCAGGUGCAGCAGAUGUGUGUACGUCUGCAGGUGGAGGAGCAGCAGCGUCAGCAGCUGUUCACAGAGCUGGAAAAGGCUCGACAGGAAGUGAAGGAGCUGCAGAAGGAGGCGGGUCAGAAAUCAGCUGCUCCACCCGAGGUGGAGGAGAAGGAGGAGGUGAAGGAGGAGGUGAAGGAGGAAGUGAAGGAGGAAGUGUUGAAGGAGGAGACACCUGUGUGAAACCAUUCCCUUCCUGCCUGUGUCGUUACCGUGGUGACAACUUCUAAAUGAUUCUGACUUUGAUACCAGUUUGUUACCACGGCAACAAAAAUAGAAGUCGUACACAUCCGAUGUCGGAUCGGCUCUCGUAACCUUGGACGACCUUCACGUGGUCACAUUUCACAAACGAUGACGAGGAACCAAAGAAGAAAGUGUUUUUUUUUGUUUUUUUUACAGUAUUAUAAUUAUUGUCUGUCACUUCAGGAUGAAUAAACUGUAAAGUCUCACUCA